AUGGCCCCCCUCAACAUCAUCAUCGUCGGCGCAGGCAUCGCCGGCCCCGCCGCAGCCAUCGGGCUCGCAGGCAACGGCCACCGCGUCACCAUCUACGAGCGCUCAACGACCGGCCAAGAAGUCGGCUACGCUUUCAGGAUCACGCCAAACUCCGAUCGCUGUCUGAAGCACCUCGGCAUCGACACCGUCGUCGGUGGCGCCGUGGCGGCCAACAGGGCCCGCAUAUUCAACUCACACGGCGAGCUGAUCAGAGAGGCGAACGAGAAUACAGAUCCGGAGAUGGCAAAGAAGGCCACUUCGGUCUUCGCUUAUCGUCCCCAGCUCGUGAAACAAUUGAUGGACGCUGCGCGCUCAAGCGGCGUCCAAAUCGAGACCGGCGUCAAAGUCACCUCGGUGGAUGUCGACAACACAAGUCUCACGCUCGAUAGCGGGGCGACGGUCUCCGCAGAUCUCAUCAUCGGCGCAGACGGCGUCCACUCCGCGAUUCGCUCCAUCAUCAACAUCGUCUACCCCGUGGACCACGGCAAGCUCUUCAACGUGACUAUAUGCCACCCGGCCCAUUUAUCCGAUAAGGAAGCCGACCAAGAGCAAGACAAUGCGACUGCGACCUCGUACAACCACAAAGUUUCUUUUGAGACCGUUCGCGACGUCCACAAGGGAUGGGACCCGCGCGCUAUCCGGUUGCUGGAACUGGCAGACCCGGAAGGGUUCCGCAUCUGGCAGCUGAUGGAUAUGGAUGAGCUUCCGCGGUGCAGCAGGAAUUAUACCGCGUUGCUGGGGGAUGCGUGUCACCCGGUCCUGCCGCAUAGUUUCUCGGGCGCGUCGAUGGCGAUUGAAGACGCCAUCACGCUUUCUGAGUUUCUCGAGAGGGACGUGGAGAGGAAGGAGAUUCCGGGACUGUUGAAGUUGUGUGAGGACGUGAGAAAGCCGAGAGUGGCGAGGCUGAGGGAGAGGGCGAGGCAGACUGCGGAGGGGACUGGGGUUGAGGGGAGGGCGGAGUACAUGCAGUUCUUGGCCGGGCAUGAUGCGGUGCAAUUUGCGAAGGAGAGGCUGGCGGAGUAUAAGAGGGAGCGGUCGCAGAUGAGGACUGGGAAACAGACGCAGCUUUGA